AUGUUGGGUGGUAGCGUGCUAUGGUUCCGCCACGGGCUGAGACUUCACGACAACCCGGCGCUUCACAGGGCGCUGGAAGACAAGAAUCAGCCAUUCUUUCCGGUCUUCAUCUUCGAUGGGGAAACUGCCGGAGGCAUACGAGAAGGCGAGUCACCUGAUGGGACGAAGGUGGUUGGCUACAACCGUAUGCGCUAUCUCCUGGAGGCCCUCGAAGACCUGGACAACCAAUUUAAAAAGCACGGGGGACGUCUGCUUAUGAUCAAGGGGAAGCCUGAUAUAAUAUUUAGGCGUCUUUGGGAAGAAUUCGGCAUCCGCAAGAUUUGCUUCGAGCAAGACUGCGAGCCGGUAUGGCGCCCGCGCGAUGACGCCGUUAAGGCCGUCUGUCGCGAGGUCGGCAUGGCCUGUUGCGAGUUCGUCUCGCACACGCUGUGGGAACCGGACACGGUCAUCCGGGUCAACGGGGGGAUACCGCCGCUCACGUACCAGAUGUUCCUGCAUACGGUGUCGACCAUCGGUGACCCUCCGCGUCCCGUCGCCGACGUUGACCUAAGGAGCGUCAACUUCGGCGUACUCCCGGAGAGAUUCUACAGCGAGUUCACGGUCUUUAAUAAAGUGCCAAAGCCCGAAGACCUGGGUGUGUGCCCCGAGGAAGCGGAUAUGCGCAUGAUCCGCUGGGUGGGCGGCGAAACUACCGCCUUGCGCCAGAUGCAGCAGAGGCUCAGCGUCGAAUACGCGACCUUCUGCAGAGGCUCCUACAUGCCCACGCACGGAAGUCCCGACCUCCUCGGGCCACCCAUCUCGCUGAGUCCGGCGCUACGGUUCGGCUGUCUCUCCGUUCGCAAAUUCUACUGGGCUCUUCAAGAUUUAUUCAACCAGGUUCACCAAGGACGCAUUCCCGCCACCCAGUUGGUAACAGGUCAACUGAUAUGGCGAGAGUAUUUCUACACUAUGAGCGUGAACAAUCCGAACUACGGACAAAUGGCUGGGAAUCCCAUUUGUCUCGAUAUACCAUGGAAGAAUCCCGAAGGUGACGAGCUGAAAAGAUGGAAGGAGGGCCGCACCGGCUUCCCGUUCAUCGACGCGGCGAUGCGGCAGCUCCGCUCUGAGGGUUGGCUGCACCACGCCCUGAGGAACACCGUCGCCUCCUUCCUCACGCGGGGAACGCUCUGGCUCUCUUGGGAGCACGGCCUGGAGCAUUUCCUCAAGUACCUUCUGGAUGCCGACUGGUCGGUGUGCGCCGGCAACUGGAUGUGGGUGUCGUCGAGCGCGUUCGAGGCGCUGCUGGACUCGAGCGAGUGCGCGUGCCCAGUGCUGCUGGGGCGUAGGCUCGAGCCCAGUGGCGAGUACGUGCGCCGCUACGUGCCCGAGCUGGCGCGCAUGCCCGACAACUACAUAUACGAGCCGUGGAAGGCGCCCAUCGAGGUGCAGGAGCGAGCCAAGUGCAUCAUCGGGCGCGACUACCCCGCGCCCGUCGUCGACCAUGUGGAGGCCUCGCAGCGGAACAGAAAUGCCCUGAAGGAACUGCGCAGAAUCUUGGAGAAAGCCCCACCGCACUGCUGCCCUUCAUCCGAGGACGAGAUCAGGCAGUUCAUGUGGCUCGGCGAUGACGCCCAGUCCGACAUCAGCAGCUAU